AUGGUUUUAAUGAAAGAGUAUGACAGGGAAGGCCUGUGCUUCUAUACACACUAUAACAGUGCCAAAGGAAUGCAAAUUGAUAGGAAUCCUCAUGCUUCCAUGCUAUUUUACUGGCCUCAUGUUGAUAGACAAGUUCGAAUGGAGGGCAAACUUGAGAAAUUGCCUGUUGACGCUGCAGAAGCUUAUUGGUAUCAUCGGCCAUUGAAAAGUCCUAUUGGUUCAAAAGUGAGCGAACAAAGCAAGAUGACUCCAAACAGGCAGUAUCUGGAAGACAAGAAAAUGGAAUUGGAGAAACUUGUCGCCGAAAAAGGUGAAAAAGCAAUUAUUAGACUGGGUGCUAUAGAUUGCGUCCACACUAUUUUGAAUUUUGGCAAGGUCAAACUGAUCGGAUACAUGAUUGUAUUGUAUUUGAAAAAGGAGCUAAUGAAACGGAGUGGUUGA